AGGAAGGAGGAGCCGCCACCGCCGCUCCCCCCCGGGCCGGCGCCGGGGAUGGUGUUGGCCGCGGCAGCCGGGCCCUGACGCCGCGCUCAGGUGGGAAGCAGCAGUAAUGCUAACGCUGGCAAGCAAGCUGAAGCGGGAUGAUGGUGUCAGAGGCCCCCGUGCGUCCAACCCAGCGUCUGACUCCACUCGCAGGGUGUCUGUCCGGGACAAACUACUCGUUAAAGAGGUUGCAGACCUUGAAGCUAAUUUACCUUGUACAUGUAAAGUGAAUUUUCCUGACCCAAACAAGCUCCAUUACUUUCAACUAACUGUAACCCCAGAUGAGGGCUAUUACCAAGGGGGAAAGUUUCAGUUUGAAACUGAAGUUCCUGAUGCCUACAAUAUGGUGCCUCCAAAGGUAAAAUGUUUGACAAGAAUCUGGCACCCGAACAUUACAGAGACAGGAGAAAUCUGCCUAAGUUUAUUGAGAGAACACUCAAUUGAUGGCACUGGCUGGGCCCCAACUAGAACCUUAAAGGAUAUUGUCUGGGGGUUAAACUCUUUAUUUACUGAUCUUUUGAAUUUUGACGAUCCUUUGAAUAUUGAGGCUGCAGAGCAUCAUUUGCGUGACAAGGAGGACUUUCGGAAUAAAGUUGAAGAUUACAUUAAGCGCUACGCGAGAUGAUGAAGGGAGAUGGAUGGCAGCAGCACGGCUCCACUCCAGGGUUAUCCUUAACUUCAACAGCAGCCAAACCAGCCCGGAUUGUACCAGUCCUGUGUCCAUGUUGUACUGAAGAAGAAAACUAACUUCAUAACCUGUUCAUGUUCAAAGGAGAGUUCAGCAUAAAUACAGCGAGAAAUUGUGUCUGUUGGUUGAAAAAGUUGUCUGCUUCCUUUUACAAAUGUUUACUCUUCUGAACUGUACUGUAUAUCCUGUUGAUGAGAUAUGCUUGAGAAGUUAAAAGAAAUCACUAUUGAAAUUGUAAUUACACUUUUUUUUUUUUUAAACUCUUGCCUAAUCUGGAGGGGGGAAGGAAAAAGAAAAACAAACCCAAAAAUGCCAAACAGAAAAGGUGGCGUGUUUUUGGAACACUUUGAGUUGGCAAUAAAUGGUCUCCUGUGAACCAAAUCACAAAACUGUUGCCUUUGAUGAGCAAAAACAAUAUGAGCUUUUUCUAAGAGUCACUCAGCUGAGGCUUAGAGCUUGCCAGAGUGGAAGUGCAAAAUGAGAUUCUACUUCUGGUAUUGAAAUUCUGAAUGCUAUUUAAUAUAAGUAUGUUUUUGUCACAGUUUGGAAUUUUUACAUUGUUAAUUUUGGGGCCUGUUUGGGCUGCAGUAUUUGGUUUUGGUUUUUUUUUUUUGUUUCUAUUCAUUGUGUGAAGUAGUUGAAAGAAAUACAAGCUAAUAUGUAACUUAA